GGGAGCCAGCGACCGAGGGCGGAGGCGGGGAGGGAGCGACUGAGGCUGGGAGGGGUGUUGGCGAGCGCUUCGCGCGCUGUGUAUGGUCUAUCGGAGGCAGCUGACCUUUGAGGAGGAAAUCGCUGCUCUCUGCUCCUUCCUGUAGUAACAGCCGCCGCCGCCGCCGCCAGGAGCCCGGGCCGGGAGCGAGAGCCGCGGCGCGCAGAGCCGGCCCGGCUGCCGGACCGCUCGGCCCCACCAGGUGAACGGCCAUGGCGGGCUGGAUUCAGGCCCAGCAGCUUCAGGGAGAUGCGCUGCGCCAGAUGCAGGUGCUGUACGGGCAGCACUUCCCCAUCGAGGUCCGGCACUACUUGGCACAGUGGAUUGAGAGCCAGCCAUGGGAUGCCAUUGACCUGGACAAUCCCCAGGACCAAGCCCAGGCCACCCAGCUCCUGGAGGGCCUGGUGCAAGAGCUGCAGAAGAAGGCGGAGCACCAGGUGGGGGAAGAUGGGUUUCUACUGAAGAUCAAGCUGGGGCACUACGCCACGCAGCUCCAGAACACGUAUGACCGCUGCCCCAUGGAGCUGGUCCGUUGCAUCCGGCACAUUCUGUACAAUGAACAGAGGCUGGUCCGAGAAGCCAACAAUUGCAGCUCCCCUGCUGGGAUCCUGGUUGACGCCAUGUCCCAGAAACACCUUCAGAUCAACCAGACGUUUGAGGAGCUGCGACUGGUCACGCAGGACACAGAGAAUGAGCUGAAGAAGCUGCAGCAGACACAGGAGUACUUCAUCAUCCAGUACCAGGAGAGCCUGAGGAUCCAGGCCCAGUUUGCCCAGCUGGCCCAGCUGAGCCCCCAGGAGCGUCUGAGCCGGGAGACGGCCCUCCAGCAGAAGCAGGUGUCCCUGGAGGCCUGGCUGCAGCGCGAGGCCCAGACGCUGCAGCAGUACCGCGUGGAGCUGGCCGAGAAGCACCAGAAGACCCUGCAGCUGCUGCGGAAGCAGCAGACCAUCAUUCUGGACGACGAGCUGAUCCAGUGGAAGCGGCGGCAGCAGCUGGCCGGGAACGGCGGGCCCCCCGAGGGCAGCCUGGACGUGCUGCAGUCCUGGUGUGAGAAGUUGGCCGAGAUCAUCUGGCAGAACCGGCAGCAGAUCCGCAGGGCUGAGCACCUCUGCCAGCAGCUGCCCAUCCCCGGGCCAGUGGAGGAGAUGCUGGCCGAGGUCAAUGCCACCAUCACAGACAUCAUCUCAGCCCUGGUGACCAGCACGUUCAUCAUCGAGAAGCAGCCCCCUCAGGUCCUGAAGACCCAGACCAAGUUCGCCGCCACCGUGCGCCUGCUGGUGGGCGGGAAGCUGAAUGUGCACAUGAACCCCCCGCAGGUGAAGGCCACCAUCAUCAGCGAGCAGCAGGCCAAGUCCCUGCUCAAGAACGAGAACACCCGCAACGAGUGCAGCGGGGAGAUCCUGAACAACUGCUGCGUGAUGGAGUAUCACCAAGCCACGGGCACCCUCAGCGCCCACUUCAGGAACAUGUCGCUGAAGAGGAUCAAGCGUGCUGACCGGCGGGGCGCGGAGUCCGUGACAGAGGAGAAGUUCACUGUCCUGUUUGAGUCUCAGUUCAGUGUUGGCAGCAAUGAGCUUGUGUUCCAGGUCAAGACUCUGUCCCUACCAGUGGUUGUCAUCGUCCACGGCAGCCAGGACCACAAUGCCACGGCCACCGUGCUGUGGGACAACGCCUUUGCUGAGCCGGGCAGGGUGCCAUUCGCCGUGCCUGACAAAGUGCUGUGGCCGCAGCUGUGUGAGGCGCUCAACAUGAAAUUCAAGGCCGAAGUGCAGAGCAACCGGGGCCUGACCAAGGAGAACCUCGUGUUCCUGGCGCAGAAACUGUUCAACAACAGCAGCAGCCACCUCGAGGACUACAGCAACAUGUCCGUGUCCUGGUCCCAGUUCAACAGGGAGAACUUGCCAGGCUGGAACUACACCUUCUGGCAGUGGUUCGACGGGGUGAUGGAGGUGCUGAAGAAGCACCACAAACCCCACUGGAAUGACGGGGCCAUCCUCGGUUUUGUCAAUAAGCAGCAGGCCCAUGACCUGCUCAUCAACAAGCCUGAUGGGACCUUCUUGCUGCGCUUCAGCGACUCAGAAAUUGGGGGCAUCACUAUUGCCUGGAAGUUUGACUCCCCGGACCGCAACCUGUGGAACCUGAAACCGUUCACCACUCGGGAUUUCUCCAUCAGGUCCCUGGCUGACCGGCUGGGGGACCUGAGCUAUCUCAUCUACGUGUUUCCCGACCGCCCCAAGGAUGAGGUCUUCUCCAAGUACUACACUCCUGUGCUCGGUAAAGCAGGUGACGGAUACGUGAAGCCACAGAUCAAGCAAGUGGUCCCUGAGUUUGUGAACGUGUCUGCAGACGCCGGGGCCAGCGCCACGUACAUGGACCAUGCGCCCUCCCCAUCUGUGUGCCCCCAGCCUCACUAUAACAUGUACCCACCGAACCCUGACCCUGUCCUUGAGCAGGACGGAGAAUUUGACCUGGACGAGAGCAUGGAUGUAGCGCGGCACGUGGAGGAGCUCUUGCGCCGACCCAUAGACAAUCUUGGCCCUCGCCUCUCCCCGCCUGCUGUUCUCUUCACUCCUGCCAGAGGCUCCCUCUCCUGAAUGUUCGAAUCCCACGCUUCCCUUGGGAAACGAUAUUCAAUGUG